CGGAUUAUAUAAAGUGGAGUAAUUAAUUCCCGAAGAAUCUUUGUGUCGAUUUUUGGGGUGUAAAAUUCGUCGAAUAUUCUAUAUCGCGCGAUGAAAUUUAAAGAAUUGUCGAGCUGGAAUGUCGGCAGAGGGUCGAUGUGUCAUUGCACUAUGUAGAAAAUAUAUCGACUGGCCUUCCCACCGCGGGUUUCAAUAAGUAAUUGCAGCUGUUUAUGUUCAUACUCGACUCUACAAAAUCGUUUGGAUAGGAAACUAUAGAGCACGUUUCAUAAGUACGUCUUUGAAUAUCUCAGACUCGAAUUCGUCGUAUCACAGAUAAUAAGAAAUAAUUUAAAAGUAGAAAAGAAAAAAUUGUACGGAUCUGUACGUUACUGCGAUGAAAGACCUGCAGAUGAACCCAAACACCGUUAGGCAGUGGCUUCAGCGAGGGGAAAUCGAGAAGUUGGAAAAUGUGGUACUGGAAGGUCGAGGAACCCGGUUACUGGGUGAAAAUUCUCCGGACCUUCGAACGCGGGUUUUCCUGAAGGGGCUGCCGAUCUACUUGACGAAAAUCAGCCAGAUUCACGACGCGACGGUGCGCGGCGCCCUGGGUGACGUCCAACGGCUGAUCCUCGACGAGCCGAAGAAGAAAUUGGCGACGUCAAAGGACUCCGCGGGCAUUCCUCUCCUCCACAAAGCCGUGUACUAUGAUCACCAGGACAUCGUUGAGUAUUUGGUGGAAAAUUAUCCCGCGACAACCCAACAGCGAGACAGAGAGGGCAGAACAGCGCUGCACUACUGUUCAGCCUGCGCAACUCCAGACACCGUUUGGGAUGUCCUGGUGAAGGGAGGCUGUGACACAAGUGUCUGGGACAAGCGGGGUCAGCCGGCAGCUUACUACCUCGAGCAUACGGGGGAGGUGGAAUUACCCGAGGGUGAAAAAAUGCAGGGAAGAAAAGUGAGCAGCAUUAAAGAGACAUUGGACUUCAAGCCGUCGAAUAUACGGAUAUGGAUUCAUAAUCGGGACAUCGGCAAGCUGCAGCAAGUACUAUGGGAGGGCCAUGGAUUAAAACUGCGAUGCGAGACGAGCAACAAUCCUCGAGUCAAGAAGUUCUUAGAGGCAGUGCCGUUCAUAAUGGGCACUGUGAAAGACAUUCAUACUGCGGCGGUUAAAAACGACGUUGAUGGGUUCAGGCAGAAAGUGAGCGAUCCUGUUUGCCCGGUGAUCCUCACUAGCAAAGAUGCCAAUGGUCUGAACGUUCUUCACAAGGCUGCUGGAUUGGGGCACACUGAAAUUGUCCGAGAGAUCCUCACCAGGUGUCCUGAAACGAUUGACACGCAGGAUUCCGAAGGGAAGGCUCCGCUCCAUUACGCUGCAGCACUGAAGGAUGACGGGAUCAUGUACGACAUGCUGGUCCAAAGCGGCGCCAACGAAAAUCAAAUGGAUAACAGACAAAAGACAGCGUCUUUCUACAAGAACCGACCGUCGGACAUAGACGCGACAAAUUUGGUCGUCAUACCAGAAGCACCGCGCGUUUCCGGUACAUCUUACCCGAAGAACUGGGACUGGCGAAUCUUGGAAGCUGGAGAAACGGUGGUUAGAGGGGUAAAGAAGGCUGUGAGCAACACGGACAUCGACAGUGCUUUUGGGAGUCCGGAGGCACCAUCAAAGUCCGGGGAAAGCGAGAAGGAAACUUUCGGGAAUGGUUUCAAAGACGAUAGCAAGGACGACUUGGAGGAACAGAUAAAACUAGCCCACGAAGAGCUUGAGCCCAAGGAACCAGAGAAGAAACCGGAAUCCGAGCCAGAAACGGAACCGGAACCAGCGCAGGAACCGCAAUCUGAAACUGAAGUAAUAACAGAAUCAGAUCCAGAGCCCGAUCAAGAGCAACAGCCGGAGCCAGUGCCAGAACCAGAGUCCGAGCCAGAGGCAGAACCAGAGGCAGAGUCAGAGUCGAAGCCCAUGGUGGAGCCGUUAAGGGAGGAAACUGAUGAGGAUUCGUCGGACGAUGAUGUGGUGGUGAAAAAUUCCAAGAAGGGUACGGAAGGCGAAGGUAACCAGGAAGUCAGGGAGACCAAGGAAGCGGUUCUAGAUCAGCACAAAGAACAGGACGCUCUUGGAGAAGAGACAAAAGGGGAUCACGACGAACGAACUGAACCAAGCACCGGAGAUUCCGGACUUGACGAUACGGUUCACGAGGAUGAUCAGGUGAUAGUCGGUGAACACGAAGAACUACCCGAAGCCGAGUUGAACGAUGGAAGCAUGACGGUUGAUCCGGAAGUUGAGGAUCUUGUUGAAAACGGAAACAUGGAGCAGCUCGCUGCUUUGGUGCUAAACGGCGAGGGUCGCAGACUCGUCGGAAGGCAUUCGAGCAACCCCGAACUUCAGGCAUUCAUCGAUAACGUUCCUGCCUACAUGGGAAAAAUACACGCCAUUCACAUGGCGGCGCGCGAAGGUAACCUGCGAGACCUUCAGGGGGCCUUGGAUCGUCGUAAAUUUGCAAUUGCAAGAGACGGCUCAUCGCCAAACGGAGCAACGCCUCUGCACGUGGCCGUAAUAUUCGGACACACCGGUGUCAUAAGGUACCUUGCUGGCAGGUUCGCAGAAACGGCACACGCUCCUGACCGGGACGGAAGGACGCCUCUUCAUUACGCAGCCACCCUCGCGGACAACGGGCAUUACUACAGUCUCCUCCUGCACCUGGGAGCAAAUCCUAUGGUCCAAGAUAACUUUGGGCACAAGGCGGAUUAUUAUAAGACUAAUCAGGAGGACUUUUCACAUAAAAAAUUACUUCGGGAUUUCGGGGCGCAUGAAAAGAUUGCUGACGAAAUGUUGACCGAUAAAGUUCCCGGAGGAGACACAUAUUCCGCGCGGCGCGACGUCACAGAACCGGAAACCCUGGUGACCCUGGAGCGUUGUUUCAAGCUGUUGGCAGGUGGUGGACGUCGAGGUUCGUCAUCCGGAUUAAACGCAACAAAUACUGGUAUACUUCUAGGGCGGUACCUGAAACGCCCAGUUUUUGAAAUACUGAAGCACCGUUUGACACGCUUGGAUCACAACCUGUUUGACCUUAUCUGGCCCGCUCUUAGAAAGUACAGUAACAUGAACAGUGGCAGCAGCUCAAUCGGAAGUUUCGUAAGCCUAAACAGCCUGAGCCACGUUCGACCAUCAAACCUGGACGAGGAAUGUUUCCCGGGCUACAUUAUAGUGCCGGACUACGAGAGCUACGUUGUGUUCGCGGAAUUGCUGGAUCCACUGAUCAGAGAUCUCCACUGCGUGACAGUGACCGGCGAGAUCCCUGACAACCCGGACUCGCAUUUCUUCGACACGGAGAAGUCGGCCGACGAAAAAUCGCACAGCGUAGCCGUAGUAGAAAAAUUCGACCUGGACCCGACCUCCAAACACAUGUUGGCCGGGGUCAUAGAGUGCUGUCGCAACCUUACGGCCUACCCGCUUCCCCUCAACCUCACUGUCAACCAGCUAGAGGAGACUGAGCGCGACAUAACGACCGAGCUGAUGAGCCCCGAGCUCGCCAGUUUUAUGGCCGAAGGAUCGAGCGAGGACGAGGCCGGUACCUACUACACUUUAAACGAAGUUCUCGAGCGACCAAGCGACGUGCGCGCGCGUCUCGCGGCCGCGGGCCUCCUGUUGCCCCUCAACCCGCAGACCAGGAGUGAUGAGCGGCGCCUGCAUGGCCGCCACUGGCCUUACGGCCGUGGAGUCUUUGUUGCCGCGGCAGGAGAUCUCGCGGCCUGGGUGAACGUGCAGGAUCACCUCAGAGUGGUGUGCUGCACGCCCGAGGAUCGCCCGGGGCGGAUUGGGAGGGCAUACGUGCGGCUGGGACGAAUAAUGUCAGUGCUCGACGCGGGACUGGCCUUCAAGAAGGACCAGAAGUUGGGCUUUCUAUCGUCGAGGCCCACUGUGCUCGGGAAUACACUCAAGUUCAACCUUGUCGCGAAACUCCCGGAGCUCACGAAGGAGCCUGGAGAUUUGUGGCAUCUGUGCCUCGUCCGGGGACUGAGCGUCAGGGAAACCAUGCAGAGGAAUACCGUGAAAAUUAGUAAUCAGCAAUGCCUUGCUGUCACAGAGUUACAGACCCUUCAAGACUUCUGCAGGGCCGUGCUGAACAUCACAAGUCUCGAAAAAGAACUCGCCCUCAAUAAUUCUAUGAGGAUUGCAUCCCUGAUCGCUAGUGCCUUCCGCAAACGAAUGACUAGCUCGCGCCGGUCCCGGGUUAAUAAUAAUUAAAAUGAGUAAACUCAUUGGAUAAAUGUUCGAUUUUUGGGUAAUAUCUUGUUGUGAUGAAUCGGUUGUUUAUAGGCGGAUGUGCGUUAAAUGUCAAUUAUUAAUACAAGAACACCCAUUUCUUAC